AUGGCGACGCUCGCUGAGAAGUUCGAGAAAAUCAAGUCGCCCAAGCUUCAGAACCAGCACCAUACAGCAGUCGUUCUGAACGCCGUUGAAGAUACACUCCGCGACCAAAAAGCCGAUUUCUCCGCAACAGCAUACUUUGCAGCUCUCCUCGCUCUCCUCAGCCAGGCCCUCAACACCACCCAUGGCGUCGUCAACAAAGAUCUAGCCACCUCCGUGGUUUACUUACUGGAUAUCACCGCCGAAGAAGUCCCCGCCCCUUUACUACGCUCAAAAUUCGCUCAGAUUCUGUCGAGUCUCGUGCCCGCAUUGACACUCGCCGACGUCGAAGCUCCCCUCCUCCGCCCCUCAAUCGGCAUCUUAGAGACCCUUCUCGUCGCUCAAGACGCCAAUUCCUGGGCCUUGCCGCAUACACAAAUCGGCCCGCGCCGCGCGACAGCUGGUCUGUUGAAUUUGGCCGUUGAUCAUCGUCCCAAAGUCCGCAAGCGAGCACAAGAUGCUUUGGUCAAGGUGCUCAAGAACCCGCCUCCGAGCCCGUCGCUCGACCACCCGGCGGCAGAUAUGUGCGCUGAAACGGCGCUGCAGACUUUGACUGAAAGUGUGGCUGCGGCAGGGAAAAUAAAAAAGAAUAAACAAAAAGAAAAGGAUAGUAGUCAUCACGAGCCGGCGAUUAUCCAUGCUUUGCAUCUAGUCAAGACCGUUGCGGCUGCAUCGGGAGGAUGGCCGAGCAAGAAGAUCGAACCGCUGUGCGAAUUGCUCAUGAAUGUGUCGAGGUCAAGCAAUGAAUACAUAACAAUGGGCGCAUUUGAGGUCUUCGAAGUGAUUUUCGCAGGCAUGGCUGAUGAAUUUUCUUCCUCGAAACUGCCCCGCUUACUGGAGGCUAUCCAAGAACUGAGACCGGCGCAAAACGACUCUCAACUCCUCCCACCCUGGAUCGCCGUCUUGUCGCGUGGAUACGACGUCUCUGCUCAAAUCAACCCCGAAGACACUUUUGAGAAGUUGCCCGGUCUGUUUGAAUUGAUCGCUUCGUUCUUGUCGUCGCCGUCAAAGAAUAUUCGCAUUUCUGCGUCGGAAUGUCUCAUUUCUUUCCUCGCCAAUUGCGUGCCGGAUAAUGUGAUUCUUGAGCCGUCUGUAUACGAUGAGAAGACUUUGGAGAAGUUGGCAAAGUUUGCUUCGGACCUUUUGUCGGUCAAGUACCAGGCCGCCUGGGUUGAGGUGUUCAAUGUCUGCGCUGCGAUGUUUGAGGCGUUCAAAUGGCGAUCUUCCCCGUAUCUUGUCAAUAUUGUCCGCACAGUCGGCGAGUUGCGCAGCAACGACUCUUUCCAAGGCAAGAAAGAGGCUGAUGAAGUCCUCGGUCGCGCCGUGUAUGCCAUGGGCCCGGCUGAAAUUCUGCGCAUUUUGCCUCUAAACAUCAUCGAGCAGAAAGCCGGUCAGCCAGGUCGUGUUUGGCUAUUGCCCAUUCUCCGCGACAAUGCUUCCAAUACCGAACUAGCACAUUUCCGAUCGGAGAUGGUUCCCUUGAGUGAAGCUUUGUAUCAACGUGUUCUAGAGUUUGGGCAGGCGGAAAAGACUGUAGAAGUCAAGAUCUUCGAGACGAUCAUUCAGCAGAUAUGGUCCAUCUUACCGGGAUACUGCGAGUUGCCUCUUGAUCUCGAAACGGCAUUUGAUCAGGAUUUCGCCGAAUUGCUGUCGAACGUGCUUUACAAACAGACCGAGUUGCGAGUCGACGUCUGCCGCGCGCUGCAAAAUCUUGUUGAAUCCAACCAAGCUAUCGUCGAGGUGGAUACAGGUGCCGAGGGUGAGAAUCUCGUUCUUCAACGGCGAAUUUCAAAGGCAGCUGCGAAGAAGAACCUUGCUCAUCUGUCUGGAUUUGCGAGCAAUCUGUUGGCUGUGCUAUUUAAUGUGUACAGUCAGACGCUGCCUCAUUAUCGGGGAUUUAUUCUGCAGUGUGUCAAUGCGUAUUUGAGCAUUACCCCUGAAAAGGAACUCGAAGAAACCUUCACUCGAGUUACGGGCUUGCUCGAAUCCGAACUCCCGUCAGAAGAACAGGCUGCCAAACAGGGCAAUCUCCAAAAAGGCACAGACAACAAAAUGCCGCCGACAUCUCACACGCUUAUCGAUCUACUCAUUGCCAUGUCUAUUUACCUACCCCGAACGAGUUUCGCAAACCUCUUCCGCAUUGCGGCGGUUGUGCUGAAUAGAGACGCAUCUGAUCCUCAGCUCAUCAAAAAGGCAUACAAACUCAUUCCUCGUCUCGCAAGCACAGAAACCGGACAGAGUGCAUUGAUUGAGCGCAGCGAAGAACUACAAGCUCUAUUAUUGUCGACAGCCGACAAAACCCCCUCUCCUGCCCGUCGCGAUAGACUGCUCGCAAUCCACGAACUCGUCACAUAUCUCCCCACGUCAGACCUGCACUUCAUUCCAUCAAUCCUACCCGAGGUUAUCCUUGGAUGCAAAGAAUCGAACGACAAAGCCCGCACAGCAGCCUUUGACCUGUUGAUCCACCUCGCAAAACGCAUCACAGACUCUGAGCGCAACCCUGUGGGGACAGUAAUCCGCAACUCCCUCGUUCCGCACAUGCCCAACGACACACCAGACGCAGCCGCCAACCUCGAAGAAUUCUUCACAAUGGUCUCUGCCGGUCUGGCCGGUACAGCUCCACACAUGGUCGCCGCUUCCGUCACAGCCCUGUCUCGUUUGUUUUUCGAAUACCGUACCGAACUGACUUCCGAGACACUCUCCAACCUCGUCGAAACCGUCGAAUUGUUCCUAACAAGCAACAACCGCGAAAUCGUCCGCUCAGUCCUGGGCUUCGCCAAAGUCGCAGUUGUGUGUUUGCCAGAGGACAUGCUGCGCCCUCGCCUCAACUCGCUUGUGCCGAAUCUCAUGGUCUGGAGUAAAGAGCACAAGGGCCGACUCCGCACCAAAGUCAAGGGUAUCCUCGACCGACUGGUCCGCAGAUUCGGCGCGCCUCUUAUCGAGAGUCUGGUCGGCGAAGCUGAUCGUAAACUCGUCGUAAACAUCCGCAAGGAGCGCGAACGCAAGAAGAGAAAGAAGAAGGAAGGCGCCGAGAAUGACGAUGAGGAUGACGAGACCAAAGCAGGAGGUGGCGGCUUCUCGAAUGAGUUUGAUCGCGCUGUUUAUGGCUCCGACAUCUCAUCCGACGACGACGACUCGGACAGCGAAGUUGAACGCCAACAAAAGCGAGGCGGAAAGCGCAACGGUCCUCGCGGAGGAGAACAAUACAUCCGCGAACUCUCCCCCGACUCUAACCCUCUCGAUCUCCUUGCCCCUGACGCACUGGCAUCUAUAUCAACCACAAAACCAUCUCUACGCUUUUUGGACAACGGCGUCGGCAAAAACCGCAAACGUCACGCAAAGGUUGACGUGGACGGUAAACUGAUCCUCCGUGACGGCGCCGACAAGCACGACGGCAACGACUACGAAAUGACUGGUGCAGGCGCAGAAGACACCGGCUCAAGCGGUAUAAAUGCCUACCUCGACGCGGUCAGCGGUCCCAGCGCAGUGCGGCGGGGACAAAAAGGGCGUCUCAAGUUUGGAAAGAAGGACAAUAAUAACGAUGGCAUGGAGAUUGACGACGACGAUGAAGGUGACAAUAACACAAAAUCAAAAACUGGUGGCAGUGGUCUUGCAGCAGGGAGAAGAGGCCUGGGCAUGCCCAAAACGCAUGGCGCAUCAACCGCGGCAAACAAGACGAAAGGACGGAUUGAGAAGAGGAGGAUGAGUGGUAGUGGAGCUGGACGCGGUGGAGCUGGACGCGGUGGAAGGGGAGGCUUCGGGGCUAGGUCUAGGGGUCGCGGAGGACGGCGUUGA